AUGGCUUCUGGCCCGCUGCCGAGGGACGGCUUGGAGCGUAGCCACCUUCUUUCCUUUCUCUCUCUCUCUCUCUCUCUAUCUCUCUCUCUCUCUCUCUCUAUCUCUCACUCUCUCUCCAUUUAUUUUUUGCUGCUUUUCAGUUGUUCUCUUUUUUUCGUUCUUUCUUUCUUUCUUUCUUUCUUUCUUUCUUUCUUUCUUUUUACUUUCUUCUUUCUUUGCUUCUUUCUUUCUUGCUUUCCUUCUUUCUUUCAUUUCCCAGCUUGUUUCUUUAUACUUUAUUUUUUGCUGUUCUUAAUCUAUUUUCUAUUUCUUUCAUUCUCUCUUUCUUUAUUUUCUUUCUUUCUUUCUUCCUUUCUUUCUUUCUUUCUUUCUUUCUUUCUUUCUUUCAUUCCCGUCUGUCUGUUUGACUUUCUUUCUUUCUUUCUUUCUUUCUUUCUUUCUUUCUUUCUUUCCGUCUCCGUUUCAUUCCUGUCUGUCUGUUUGACUUUCUUUCUUUCUUUCUUUCUUUCUUUCUUUCUUUCUUUCAGUUGUUCUUUCUUUCAUUCAUUCUUUAUCGAUCGUCUUAUAGUAGAACAAUUCUUCUUUCUGCUCUCUCUUUUCCGAUCCUUUAUUCUUCCUUCCUUCCUUUCUUAUGUCGACCCUCCCUCACUUCCUUACUUCCUUCCUUUCUCCCUUCCUUUCUUAUGUCGACCCUCGCUCGCUUCCUUCCUUCCUUCCUUCCUUCCUUCCUUCCUUAUGUCUACCCUCCGUCGCUUCCUUCCUUCCUUUCACCCUUCCUUUCUUAUGUCGACCCUCCGUCGCCUCCUUCCUUCCUUUCUUAUGUCGACCCUCCAUCGAUUCCUUCCUUCCUUUCUCCCUUCCUUUCUUAUCCUCACUUGCUUCCUCCCUUCCUUCCUUUCUCCCUUCCUUCCUUUCUCCCUUCCUUCCUUUGCCCCUUCCUUUCUUAUGUCGACCCUCCGUCGCUUCCUUUCUUAUGUCGACCCUCCGUCGCUUCCUUUCUCAUGUCGACCCUCCCUCCUUUCCUUCCUUCUUUCCUUCCUUAUGUCGACCCUCACUCCUUCCUUCCUUCCUUCCUUCCUUCCUUCCUUCCUUCCUUCUGUCGAACCUUCCUCUCUUCCUUCCUUCUUUCCUUUCUUAUGUCGACCCUCCGUCGCUUCCUUCCUUCCUUCCUUCCUUCCUUCCUUCCUUUCUCACUUCCUUUCUUAUAUCGACCCUCCCUCGCUUCCUUCUUUCCUUCCUUCCUUUCUCCCUUCCUUUCUUAUAUCGACCUUCCCUCGCUUCCUUCCUUCCUUCCUUCCUUAUGUCGACCCUCCUUCGCUUCCUUCCUUCCUUUCUUAUGUCGACCCUCCGUUGCUUCCUUCCUUCCUUAUAUCGAACCUCCAUUGCUUUCUUCCUUUCUCCCUUCCUUCCUUUCUCCCUUCCUUUCUUAUGUCGAACCUCCGUCGCUUCCUUCCUUCCUUUCUUAUGUCGAUCCUCCGUGGCUUCCUUCCUUCCUUCCUACAUUCCUUCCUUCCUUAUGUCGACACUCCCUCGCUUCCUUCAUUCCUUCCUUCCUUAUGUCGACCCACCCUCCCUUCCUUCCUUCUUUCCUUCCUUAUGUCGACCCUCCGUCGCUUCCUUCCUUCCUUCCUUAUGUCGACCCUCCCUCGCUUCCUUCCUUAUGUCGACUCUCCGUCGUUUCCUUUCUUCCUUCCUUUCUUAUGUCGACCCUCCGUCGCUUCCUUCCUUCCUUAUGUCGGCCCUCCGUCGCUACCUUCCUUCCUUCCUUUCUUAUGUCGACCCUCCCUCGCUUCCUUCCUUCCUUCCUUAUGUCGACCCUCUGUCGUUUCCUUCCUUCCUUCCUUUCUUAUGUCGACCCUCCGUCGCUUCCUUCCUUCCUUAUGUCGGCCCUCCGUCGCUACCUUCCUUCCUUCUUUUCUUAUGUCGACACUCCCUCCCUUCCUUCCUUCUUUCCUUCCUUAUGUCGACGCUCACUCGCUUCCUUCCUUCCUUCCUUCCUUCCUUCCUUCCUUCCUUCCUUCCUUCUCCCUUCCUUUCUUAUGUCGACCCUCCGUCGCUUCCUUCCUUCCUUUCUUAUGUCGACCCUCCGUCGCUUCCUUCCUUCCUUCCUUCUUUCCUUCCUUCCUUCCUUCUGUCGACCCUCCAUCGCUCCCUUCCUUCCUUCCUUCCUUUCUUCCUUCCUUUCUCCCUUCCUUCCUUCUGUCGACCCUCCAUCGCUCCCUUCCUUCCUUCCUUCCUUCCUUCCUUUCUUCCUUCCUUUCUCCCUUCCUUCCUUAUGUCGACUCUCCGUCGCUACCUUCCUUCUUUCCUUCCUUAUGUCGACCCUCACUCGCUUCCUUCCUUCCUUCCUUCCUUCCUUCCUUCCUUCCCUUCCUUCUUUCUCCCUUCCUUUCUUAUGUCGACCCUCCGUCGCUUCAUUCCUUCCUUCCUUCCUUCCUUCCUUCCUUCCUUAUGUCGACCCUCCCCGCUUCCUUCCUUUCUCCCUUCCUUCCUUUCUCCCUUCCUUCUUAUGUCGACCCUCCCUUGCUUCCUUCCUUCCUUCCUUCCUUCCUUCCUUAUGUCGACCCUCCGUCGCUUCCUUCCUUCCUUCCUUAUGUCGACCCUCCGUCGCUUCCUUCCUUCCUUAUGUCGACCCUCCCUCGCUUCCUUCCUUCCUUCCUUAUGUCGACCCUCCCUCGCUUCCUUCCUUCCUUCCUUAUGUCGACCCUCCCUCCCUCGCUUCCUUCCUUCCUUCCUUCUCUUCUAUUGUGUUUCACUUCUAUUUUGUUCUAUCUUUCCUUUUUUCCUUUCUUUCUUUCAAUCUGUCUUUCCUUUCUUUCUUUCAAUCUGUCUUUCCUUUCUUUCUUUCUCUCAAUUUAUUUCCCUUUCUUUCUUUCUUCUUUUCUUUUUUAUUUCAAUCUAUCUUUCUUUCUUUUUCUCUAUCUUUCUUUCUUUCAAUCUGUCUUUCCAUCCCUUCUUUCUUUCAAUCUAUUUUCCUUUCUUUCUUUUUUCUUUCUUUCAAUCUAUCUUUCUUUUCUCUAUCUUUCCUUUCUUUCUUUCUUUCUUUCUUUCUGUUUCCUUUCUUUCUUUCUUUCUUUCUGUUUCCUUUCUUUCUUUCUUUCUUUCUGUCAAUUUAUUUCCCUUUCUUUUUUCUUUUUUAUUUCAAUCUAUCUUUCUUUCUUUUUCUCUAUCUUUCUUUCUUUCAAUCUGUCUUUCCAUCCCUUCUUUUUUUCAAUCUAUUUUCCUUUCUUUCUUUUUUCUUUCUUUCAAUCUAUCUUUCUUUUCUCUAUCUUUCCUUUCUUUCUUUCUUUCUUUCUUUCUGUUUCCUUUCUUUCUUUCUUUCUUUCUUUCUGUCAAUUUAUUUCCUUUUCUUUUUCUUUUUUAUUUCAAUCUAUCUUUCUUUCUUUUUCUCUAUCUUUCUUUCUUUCAAUCUGUCUUUCCAUCCCUUCUUUCUUUCAAUCUAUUUUCCUUUCUUUCUUUUUUCUUUCUUUCAAUCUAACUUUCUUUUCUCUAUCUUUCCUUUCUUUCUUUCUUUCUUUCUGUUUCCUUUCUUUCUUUCUUUCUUUCUUUCUGUCAAUUUAUUUCCCUUUCUUUUUUCUUUUUUAUUUCAAUCUAUCUUUCUUUCUUUUUCUCUAUCUUUCUUUCUUUCAAUUUGUCUUUCCAUCCUUUCUUUCUUUCUUUCUUUCUUUCUUUCUUUUCUUUCUUCCUUCCAAUCUAUCUUUCUUUUCUCUCGUUCUUUCUUUUUUUCUUUCAGUCUAUCUUUCCUUUCGAUCUUUCUUUCCUUCCGUCAGUCUUUCUUUCAGUCUAUCAUUCCUUUCUUCCUUUCAUUCUUUCUUUUCUCUCUUUCUUACCCUCUUUCUUUUAACAUCUUUCUUCCCCUCUUUCUUCCCGUAUUCCUUUCUUCCCUAUUUGUUCCCCUCUUCAUUUUCCAUUUUUCUUUCGCUUCUCUUUCUUCUCCUUUUUCUUUCUCCCUCCCUCUUUAUUUUCUUUUCUUUCCUUCUUUCUUUCUUUCUUUCUUUCUUUCUUUCUUUCUUUCUCACUCUUAUUCCGUCUCUUUCCUUUUAA